AUGAAGACCAUUGCCAUUCUCGCGCUUGCCUCGUCCGCUGCAGCAUAUGCCGCGGGGGAUGCCUUGGGACACGGCCCCGACAGAAAACUCAUCUCCGACGCCCAAGUCCCGGCGGUCGAAGACGACGCGGACGUCAACCGCAAGUGCCACACGGCCAACGACGGUUACAUCGAGACGUUGAAACCUGGCGAGUAUGCGGCCAGCAAAUUCUACAAUUGUUUCCGCACGUCGGAGCAAAUCUUCGAGUACGUGGAUACAUUGGUGGCGCAGAACCCAACUUUGUUGAAAAAAGAAGCGAUUUCGACCACCGUCCAAGGCAAGACUAUCUACGCGUACAAACUGACGACCGCCUGGACCAAGCCCCAGUCGUUGUACUUCCAAAGUCUGCUCCACGCCCGGGAAUGGAUCGCGGGGUCGUCGAACUUGUUUACGUUGUCUUCGAUUCUGGACGACAUUGCCAACAAGAAAUACACGGCGGCGAACAGGUUUAACCUGUACUUUGUUCCGAUCGUCAACAUUGACGGGUACGACAUCUCGUGGACGAACGGCAAGCGGUUGCAGCGCAAGAAUGCCAACGAAGUCGACUUGAACCGCAACUGGCCAACUCCCUUCAAAAACUCCAAACCCGUACUCCCCUCCGCCCAAACUUACCCUGGCACGGGUCCGUUGAGCGAGCCGGAAACUAGGGGGAUUAGACAGUGGCUCCAUACCAAGAAUUCUGAACUUGCCGGGUGGGUGGACGUGCAUUCCGCCGGGGGGUUGAUCUUGUACCCUUAUGGCGACAUUACGGAACCUAUCGGGAACGGCGAAGACGAAAAGUUUCAACGGCUUGGCGGCAAUGUUGCCGUCAUAGCCGGUGCCAACUACAAGGCCCAAACGUCGGCUUCCUUGUACCCUGCAUUCGGGGCGUUCGAUGACUACACCUACCGCACCUACCAGAAGCCCGUGUUGACAAUCGAAGUGGCUGGUUCGGGUUUUGUCGUCAACGCGUCGACCAUCCGUACCCGCGGCGCGGAAAUCUUCAAAGCGUUGAGUCAAUUUGCCCAGGAAGUCGAGAGAUUCGACGUCAACAAUACAGUGUGUUAA